AAUGACCGGUGCCUCGAGGAGGCUGAAUCUCAUCUGCUCCUGACAGAUUGGGCAUUUUCGCCCUGUGUUUUCUGUUUGGAAACUAUUUUUGUCAAAACUAUAGAUUUUUCUUGCACAAUGGUUAAACUUCAAGACAGUGCAGUCCAUUGGAAGGUUCAACCGGGAAAUGCAUGAGCUAGGUGACACACACUGGUGUUUUUAAGGGUUACAAACGUUGCUAAAAAAGGAAACAAUUACAACGCGUUAAAGUCAUUUUUAUUCAUAAAUAAUAACUGUUUAUUUAUUCUUAAAGAUAAUCGUUUUUCAACAUACCUGUCGUAUGUUCGAGAGACUCAUAUCUGGCUGCCUACCUGUCUUGAACCUUCCCCUCGGAACCUUUCCUUCGUCGAAUCUGGGGGUUUAUUAUAGGCGGGAGUUUUUGCUUGCACUCAAACGUGACAACGGGAACAUAAAUAACGUUGCCCCAAUGUUAUUGAGCAUAAAAAAUGAACACGAAGCAAGUCACCUGCAGGUAUUUUCUCCAUGGUGUCUGCCGAGAGGGGAAUAGGUGCAUGUUCUCUCAUGACCUGACCACCAGUAAACCUUCAACCAUCUGUAAGUUCUACCAGAGAGGUGUGUGUGCCUACGGAGACCGCUGCAGGUAUGACCACAUCAAGCCGGCUGGUGGUGGUGGUGGUGGUGGUGGAGGGGGGAGAGGUGUGCCCAUGGACCUCCCUAACAGAAACCCCAUCACUGCUGGGGCCUUCAUUCCCCCUGGUGUUGCUGUCCCGGGACAUCCAGGCAACUCUGCACCCCCACCCAGGCACAAUGGAGGGAAGAAACCCCUGGUGCUGAGAGAUAGAGCCCAGGGCUGUGACAGCAGAAUGAUGCCUUAUGGUGGAGAUGGCCCAGAGGUAACCGAGGCAGAGUGUUGGGCGGAAUACCAUGACAACAGCGCCCAUGCCAAACCUCAUUCCUACCUGGACGCCAUCAGGACCAGUCUGGAGUGUUCUGCCACGGCCGGCCCCUACCCUGUCUCUGUCCCCUGCCCCCAGCAACAGCUCUGUCCCUACGCUGCUGCAGGACAGUGUCACUACGGAAACACCUGCCCCUAUCUCCAUGGUGACCUGUGUGACAUUUGCAGCCUGCAGGUGCUCCACCCACACGACCCUGAGCAGAGGAGAGCUCACGAGAAGAUGUGUAUGAUGGUGUUUGAGGCGGACAUGGAGAAGGCGUUUGCAGCGCAGCACAGCCAGGACAAGGUGUGUUCUAUCUGUAUGGAGGUGGUUUAUGAGAAAGGCUGCUGCCUCAGAGAGACGCUUCGGAUCCUCUCUUCUUGCUGCCACACAUACUGCCUCUCCUGCAUCCGCCAGUGGCUCUGCGGGUAG